AUGCCGGUCCCCGAAAAGAUCGCUGGUGACUGGGCGCCUGCCGCCUAUCGGACAGUCGCGGAGGAGCUCACGUCCACCAUCGAUCUUGGCGGCUCAGCAUCAGAGAUCAUCGACUCGCUCGUGCACAUUCACUACUCUGUAUACGCGGCCGCCGAGAGGCUGAAGAAGCGUCAGGGUAGGAGGCUUUGGAUGGGACCAAGGAGCUUCUUGGACUUCAUUCAUCACUGUGAGUGCAAUCACCGCAUGCCUUGGGCAGAAUCCGUAUCGCGAUAUGUAGCUGAGCAUUCCUGAUGCUCGUUGUCACACCCCUCAGAUGUCUCCCUCACGAAUGAGAAGCGUUCUGCGCUCGAAGAAGAGCAAAGACACCUCAAUGUUGGUCUUGACAAGCUGAAAGAAACUGUGAGUGAAGACUACGAUGAGGCCUGCGUCACAUUCGUGAGCUCAUGAGAUACUGUCCUUGGUGCUCGCUCGCAGGUGUUGGCUGUGGAGGAGCUGAGAAAGUCGCUCGCUGUCAAGGACACGCAGCUGAAGGCAAAGAAUAAGGAGGCUAAUGACAAGCUACAGCGAAUGGUAGCAGAUCAGAAGCAAGCUGAGGACAGGAAGGUAGAGUCGGAGCGAAUGCAAAAGGAGCUCGUCCGACAGCAGGAGGGCAUUGUAGUGCGGCGCGAAGAAGUCGAAGCCGAGCUGGCCAAUGCCGAACCCGCAGUGCAAGACGCAAAGGCCGCUGUCAGCAACAUCAAGAAACAGCACCUGACAGAAGUCCGUUCGAUGGGAAAUCCGCCUGCACCGGUCAAGAAUGCGAUGGAGAGCGUCUGCAUCGCUUUGGGUCACAAAGUAGACAGCUGGAAGACUGUGCAAGGUAUCAUUCGCCGAGACGACUUCAUCGCGUCCAUCGUCAACUUCGACACGGAGAGGCAGAUGAACAAAGCUGUGCGCGACAAGAUGCGUCGCGACUAUCUCUCUAAGCCAGACUACAAUUUCGAGCAGAUCAACCGCGCUUCCAAGGCUUGCGGCCCACUGGCGAAGUGGGUCAUUGCGCAGGUGGAGUACUCGGACAUCUUGGACAAGGUCGGUCCGCUCAGAGAGGAAGUCAAUGCGCUCAGUGAAGAGGCAGAAAGAUCACAAGCAGCAGCCGCAGCGACAUUGGACAUUAUUGCCCAAACGGAACGGGACAUCGCGCGCUACAAAGAGGAGUACGCCGCAUUGAUCAGCGAGGUGCAGGCCAUCAAGAGCGAGAUGGAAAGAGUGCAGACGCGUGUCAACAGGAGUAUUCAAUUACUCGACAGUCUCGGAUCCGAAAAGCAGAGGUGGGACAGCGCAAGCAAGACCUUUGACACCCAAAUGAGCACGAUCGUUGGCGAUGCUCUUCUCUGUGCUGCAUUCUUGACGUAUGCUGGAUACUUUGACCAACAAUACCGCGAAGGUCUGUGGACAGGCUGGGUGGAUCACCUGACUGGAGCAGAAGUCAAAUUCAAGUCGGGAUUGAGCUUCACGGAAUACCUAUCUACAGCUGAUGAGCGCUUGGAUUGGCAAUCGAAAGGGCUACCAUCCGACGCACUUGCUACUGAAAACGCCAUUAUGCUACAACGCUUCAGGCGCUACCCACUUCUUCUGGAUCCCUCUGGGCAGGCGACCGCCUUCUUGCAAAAAUGGUACCAGGAUCGAAAGCUCACAGUCUCGUCAUUCCUGGACGAGGCAUUCGUCAAGAACCUCGAAUCUGCGCUGCGUUUCGGCCAGCCUAUGCUCGUCCAAGACGUCGAGAAUUUGGACCCCAUCGUCAAUCCAGUCCUGAACGGCGAGCUCAGACGCACUGGUGGCAGAGUUUUGAUCCGGGUCGGUACCCAAGAAAUCGACUUUAGCCCCUCUUUCACGAUGUUCUUGUCUACGCGCGAUCCAUCAGUGGAGUUCACGCCGGAUGUUUGCUCGCGGGUCACCUUUGUCAACUUCACAAUGACUCGCGAGUCCCUCCAAAGUCAAAGUCAAGAUCAAGUGCUCAAGGCCGAACGACCCGAUACGGACAAGAAGCGCACGGACCUGAUGAAGCUGCAAGGAGAAUUCCAGCUUCGCCUGCGCCAUUUGGAGAAGAGCCUUCUAAACGCGCUCAAUGCUAGUGAAGGCAACAUUCUAGAUGAUGACAAGGUAAUCGAUACCCUCGAAACUUUGAAGAAAGAGGCUCGCGAGGUCACCACAAAGGUAGAAGAAACGGAAGCUAUCAUGCAAGAUGUAGACGCCGUCACUCGGCAGUACGAACCACUUGCCAAGGCAUGCUCUUCUCUUUUCUUUGUGCUCGACCAGCUCAACCUCGUCAAUCACUUUUACCAGUUCUCACUCCGAUUCUUCUUGGAUAUCUUUGACUUUGUGCUGCGCCGCAACCCUCAUCUUCAGGGUGUCUCAGAACCCUCGGAGAGGCUUCGGAUUCUAACCCGCGACCUCUUCUUGGUGGUGUACAAGCGCACUAGUCGAGCUCUCGCACAUCGAGACCACGUCAUGCUUGGAGCUCUCUUGGCACAAAUCUGGAGUCGCGAAGGGUCGGAGCCUGAGGCGCUUGACUCUGAGGAGUACGACUUCCUUCUCGAGGGCGGAGAUGUAGUUGGUCAACCUCCUGCCUCGACAGGAGGCAUCUUGGAUCAAAUCUUCUCUCCAGAGCAACGCCAGCGAGUCGAAGCUUACAAGCGGCUACCUGUAUUUCGCGGCUUGACAAAUCACGCGGAGCAGCAUUCGGACGAGUGGCGAGAAUUCCUAGCGUCUUCAACUCCAGAGACCGCUGUGCCACGCUUCUGGCCAGAGACAACAGGUGCGUAAGCUGUUGAGUGGUAUGAUUCCGCAAAGGCGAAUGCAUCGUUGACGCGAGUCUAUCACAGAUCUCGCGGACCUCGUGAGGCGCAUCUUGGUUGUCAAAUGUCUGCGGUCGGACAGAAUCGUGCAAGCGAUGACGACACUUGUCAACACAGUGUUCGGUGCAGACAUACUUGCCGACACGGCUUAUGAUCUGAAGAGCAUCGUAUCCGAUGAAGUAGGUGCUCAAACUCCGAUCGCGCUGUGCUCUGUGCCUGGCUUCGACGCAAGCUACCGAGUUGAUCAGCUGGUGCGAUCAACGUGUGUGAAGUGCAUCAGCGUUGCUAUGGGAUCCGCCGAAGGUUUCGCACAAGCUGAUCAAGCCAUCUCAAACGGUGUGCGGACCGGCCAGUGGGUUCUUCUGAAGAAUGUGCACUUGGCGCCAGAAUGGCUCUCUCAGCUUGAGAAGAAGCUUUCGACCACCACACCCAAUCGCAACUUCCGACUAUUCCUUACUUGCGAGACUGUACCAUCAAUCCCUGUCAACUUCUUGCGAGCCUCGCGGAUUCUCAUGAACGAGCCGCCUCCCGGUAUCAAGGCGAGCAUGCUGGACAGUCUUCGAGGCAUCGCUCCAAGCCGUCUGCAAAAGGGACCUGCAGAAUCGAUGCGGCUGUUCUUCUUGCUAUCCUUCCUGCAUGCCACUCUGACCGAGCGUCUGCGUUACACGCCUCUCGGUUGGUCGAAGACGUUCGAGUUCAAUGACUCUGAUGCUGAGACAGCACUGGACACCAUAGAUGCAUGGGUUGGAAGGGUUGCCAAAGGUCGCGCCAACAUUGAUCCAGCAAGCGUUCCUUGGGACGCACUGCGGUCACUGAUCAAGACCACCGUGUAUGGCGGCAAGAUCGACAACGAAACAGAUCAGCUGCUUCUCGACACUUUUGUCAAUGCUAUUUUCACCCCUGCAGCGUACGAGUCCGCCUUUCCUCUAGUCGACAACGAGCAAAUGCCCCUCAUUGCUCCAGAGGGAACGCAAAUGGACCAGUUCAUUGCGUGGGUGCAAAAGUUGCCCGAACAGCAGCCUCCCCAGUGGCUCUCGCUUCCGCCAACUGCAGAGCGAGUCAUCGCGACAGCGCAAGGUGCUGCCCUGCUCAACAAGCUCGUGCGUAUGCGUGAGCUCGCAGACGAUGACGACGUGGCCACAACUGCGGCGACUACUGCGCCUCAUGAGGGCGCGGCGUCCUCCAGCGCUCACGCCCAGCCAGUAUGGAUGAAGACUUUACAACAAAACGCCAUCGAAUGGCUGAAAGUUUUGCCUGGGGAUAUCUCGAAGCUGACGGGCACCUCAUCGAGCAUCGCGGACCCUCUGUUCCGGUGAGGCUGCGCCAGAUAGAUAGUAGACGACUCUUUUGCGUCCGACGCUAAUCUCCUUGAUCUGCCCUCGCUCCUGACACCAGCUUUUGGGCCCGCGAGCACCGGACUGGUGCGUCGUUGCUCAAGACUGUACGUUCAGAUCUCGAGGAAGUCGUGUCCGUUUGUGCCGGAGAGACGCGGCAGAACAAUCACAACCGAAAUUUGCUGAACGACUUGCCCAAAGGUGCGUCACGUCAACCAGCGCGUCGAUUUGCUCUCCUAACACACUCACACUGAUCGCGGUGAUUUUUCUCAGGUGUGAUACCAGCAUCGUGGAAGCAGUACGCGACACCUAAAGCAAUGUCUUUGGGUCUUUGGAUCGCCGACCUCACACAGCGUCUUGCUCAGCUGGAAAGCGUCACCAAAGAGAAUCGGUACGACCGCUUUGCCGUCGUACUGGGUCUACUCUUCUCGCCGGGCGCGUACUUGACCGCUACGAGACAAGCUGUCGCUCAUACGACACGCGUCAGUCUGGAAAACCUCAAGCUUGAUCUGCGCGUCAAUGAUGGGGGUCGCACAGAGAAUGGCUUCGCGAUUGAAGGUACGCAAAUGACCACGCUCACGCCCUUUUGUUUCUGAUACUGAAAUCACGCUUCAUGGGCGCGUCCAAUCAGGUCUCAAGCUGGAAGGAGCAGACUGGCUAGAAACCUUUCUCGACGUCAACGAUGGGCGCACAGUCAGCUUGUCGCGCAGCAGCAUUCUCUGGCUCGACGGAGCUGCUGACGGUGCGAACCCAACGAAUACGCCGUCAUCUGCGACUGCGCGGCACGUUCCAAUCACCGUCUACCUCAAUGGCGACCGCGACAACACGUUGUUUCAUGUCAAGCUACCAGCAGCUCAAGGCUUGCCCGUGGCCACGGUCGCUCAAAGGGCUGUCGCAGUCCGAGCAGCUUGA